AUGGGCCCACCACGCUUCCGCUGCGCCACUCUGAUUGUUAUUGUCAAGCAAGCAACUAUGGGUAAAAUAACCCAUGAACAACAAAGAAAAUAUGGAAGAAUACAAGAGACAAAGAGCAGGUUAGAAAUUUGA